CGGCGGGCGCGCGCCCGGGGGCUCGCCGGGGAUGGCGAGCAGGACGUGACGGGGACGGCGCCUUCGCUCCCGCCGCCGGGCCAUGGGGAUCUGAGCGCGGCCGCUCCUCGCCUCGCCGCCGCAGGGCCCCUCGCCGGCCGCAGCGACCAUGGGCUGCUGCUGCAGCUCGGACUACGACGAGGACUGGAUCGAGAACAUCGACAUCUGCGAGCACUGCAACUACCCCAUCGACCCCGCCAGCAAGGCGCAGAGGCUCCUCCGCAACGGCUCCGAGGUGCGAGACCCGCUGGUGUCCUACGAGGCCACCGCGCCGCCCUGCUCCCCGCUGCAAGGUAGGGCCCGGCCGCGGCGGGGGGGGGGGGCGGCCGCCGGACCCCCCCUCCGCCGCCUCCACCCCGCCGCUCCGCUUUGCCCCCCCGCAGAGAAGCUGGUGGUGGCUCUGUACAGCUACGAGCCCAACCACGACGGAGACCUGGGGCUGCAGAAGGGCGAGAAGCUCCGCAUCCUCGAAGAGACGGGCGAGUGGUGGAAGGCGCAGUCGCUCACCACCGGCCAGGAGGGCUUGAUCCCCAGCAACUUUGUGGCCAUGGUCAACAGCCUGGAGCCGGAGCCGUGGUUCUUCAAAAACCUCAGCAGGAAGGACGCGGAGCGGCAGCUCCUGGCCUCGGGCAACACGCACGGCUCCUUCCUCAUCCGCGAGAGCGAGACCUCCAAAGGCUCCUACUCGCUGUCGGUGAGGGACUUUGACCAGAACCAGGGCGAGACGGUGAAGCACUACAAGAUCCGCAACCUGGACAACGGCGGGUACUACAUCUCCCCCCGCGUCACCUUCGGCAGCCUGCACGAGCUGGUGGAGUACUACACACACAGCCCCGACGGGCUGUGCACCCGCCUGGGCCAGCCCUGCCGGACCCAGAAGCCGCAGAAGCCGUGGUGGCAGGACGAGUGGGAGGUGCCGCGGGAGUCGCUGAAGCUGGUGGAGAAGCUGGGAGCGGGGCAGUUUGGAGAAGUCUGGAUGGGCUUCUACAACGGCCACACCAAGGUGGCCGUCAAGAGCCUGAAGCAGGGCAGCAUGUCGCCCAGCGCCUUCCUGGCCGAGGCCAACCUCAUGAAGAACCUGCAGCACCCGCGGCUGGUGCGGCUCUACGCCGUGGUGACCAAGGAGCCCAUCUACAUCAUCACCGAGUACAUGGAGAAAGGCAGCCUCGUGGACUUCCUCAAGACGGCGGAAGGCGUCAAGCUGACCAUCAACAAGCUGCUGGACAUGGCCGCGCAGAUCGCCGAGGGCAUGGCCUUCAUCGAGGCCAGGAACUACAUCCACCGCGACCUGCGCGCCGCCAACAUCCUGGUGUCCGAGACGCUGGGCUGCAAAAUCGCCGACUUCGGGCUGGCCCGCCUCAUCGAGGACAACGAGUACACGGCCCGCGAGGGGGCUAAAUUCCCCAUUAAGUGGACGGCGCCGGAGGCUAUUAAUUACGGGACGUUCACGAUUAAGUCGGACGUCUGGUCCUUCGGCAUCCUGCUGACGGAGAUCGUCACCUACGGCCGGAUCCCGUAUCCAGGGAUGACGAACCCGGAGGUGAUACAGAACCUGGAGCGCGGCUACCGCAUGCCGCAGCCCGACAACUGCCCGCGGGAGCUGUACGAGCUGAUGGUGCAGUGCUGGAAGGAGCGGCCCGAGGACCGGCCCACCUUCGAGUACAUGAAGAGCGUGCUGGAGGACUUCUUCACGGCCACCGAGGGCCAGUACCAGCAGCAGCCGUGAGGGGCCCGCGCGGCGGCCGCCGUCACCGCCGCUCCCCGUCCGCCGGGUCCCCGCACACCGUUUGCAAACACGGACCUCGCCGCUCUCGCAGGCCACAGUAAAGAUUUGACGCAUUUUUGGAGCAGCGGAUUUUUCUCCCCCCCCCAGAAGAAGGUGAUGACCCAAAGCUGCCAUGCGACUCCUCCGGGGGGGCCGCCACCGGAGCACCCCGCAGCCGUCCUGGCCCUGCGUCGGGACGUAGCGGUGGCCCUCGGCAGCGGGCCCGUGCCGAAGGGGGCCGCGCAGCUCUGCCGGGGCCCCUCCCGGCCUCUCCGCCACACGGAUGCACCGGGCCCCGGCUCCCCCGGACUCGGCCCAGCAGGACGCAGCGGGGAUCCGGCGGGGCUGCGGCCGCCGGAGGGGCAGGGGGAGCCGCAGGGAGGCGAGGGCCGGAGCCGGGAAGGUUUCCCGGGCCCUGCAGCGCCGGGGACGCCGCGCGCGUCCAUCCAUCAGAGGCUUUUCCAGCAGAAACGCUGCCCGUUUAGGAACGGGCCAUGCAGACGGACCGGACGCUGGCUGUAGGAUCCUCUUUCUCCCCAUGUUUUAUUCGCCAAGACCUGUCUCGUACUGCUGUCUUAUUUUUGGAAAAUAAAGGCCUUUGAACCAGC